UAGUGAGUGACAUACCCUUCAUGGGUAAACCAGGCUUUACUCGUCCCAAACACAGAGCUUCAGUGCGGAUAGAGCACAGCUCAGUGGGAUGGAGGAACAGCGAGUUGCUCGGGUAGGACGCACUGAUGCUGGGAUUUGGAAGUGUGGAAAACCCGUGGAUCUCACCAGGGCCUGUAUCUGAGGCGGUCAAAGUGUUGCAAGUAUGGCAGAGGAUCCUCAGAGGAACUUCAGGUCAGCGUAUUAUGAGAAGGUUGGCUUCAGGGGCGUGGAAGAGAAAAAGUCACUUGAAAUUCUCUUGAAGGACAAUCCGCUUGAUGUGGAAAAGUUAAUUACAUUCACUCAGAGGUUUCCAUUGCCCUCUAUGUACAGGGUCCACGUAUGGAAAGUCCUGCUUGGUAUCCUGCCUCCACACAGCGAUUCUCACUCUCUGGUAGCACGUUACAGGCAAGAGCAAUAUAUGGAUAUAAAAGAUGCUCUUCUGGCCAUGCGCUUUGUUCACAUGGGCACACAACAAACUGAGCUAUUCCUUCGCAUGCACCAGUUGGAGAACCAGCAGUUGCCUUGCCGGUCAGAGCUUGUGCAACCUAGUGAAGAGGAUGAAGAUUUCUUGGCUAUUGCCAGGGUGAUGGAGGAGAUUGUGGAUGAUCCAGUGGACUGCUAUUGGCUGAUUAGGUGCUUUGUCAACCAAUUUAAUCACAAGUUCGGCGAUUCCAUACCUCACCUGCCUAAGAGUCUGGAGCACUUCCUCUCCCAGGAGGACGGCCGUCUUUUGGCCCACCUGAAAACUUCAGGCAGUCUGGCUGUACUGCCCUAUUCCCUUUGGUUCAGACGUUGUUUCGCAGACUGCCUGCCGGAGUCCAGCCUACAGAGAGUUUGGGACAAAGUGAUCAGCGGCUCCUGUAAAAUCUUGGUGUUCGUGGCUAUGGAGAUAUUGCUGAGCUACAAGAUCAAGCUCAUGGGAAUGAGUCGAACAGAUGCGGUGGUAAACUUCCUGAGCAAUAUACCACAGGAGAACACCGAUGCCAUAGUGACCAAAGCCAUAGAACUGUGGCACAAGUACUGUGGGACUCCUAUGCACUCCUAUGCACUCUGUUUGAUGCCUGUGAACUUGGACUUAAGCAUGAAUUCACAUUCUGAGAAGUGCGUGGUGUCUGUGAGCACCUUAUGAUCUUCAGACUCUACAGCUCCGUGACUAAGUUUACAUGCCGUCUAAUAACUCAUGGCUCAGUCAGAAUAGAAAAUGUUCAUUUAAACACCUCAAAUCUGAAUGAAAUUUUCUGUCUGAUUGGACAAGGUGGGUAACCCUUUUAAUAAUCUGUUAAAUAGAAGAGAAAUGACCAUGUAAACUUCUGUCUGAUUACUUAAUAUUUGCUUGUGUAUGAUCAGAAUCAGCACGUUAUGCAGUAAAAAAAUUAUAAUAAAGGAGGUAAAAACUUUCAUGAAA